CGAAGACGGCGGGUUGUGACCACAUGAUGUGUCAAUGUGGUACUGAGUGGUGCUAUGUUUGCUCCUGUUCUUGGGAGAACGUCCUCCGGUUCGGUGAUGUCGGUCACGCCACGUUCUGCAUCUACCACCCCAACAAAGUCAACCUCACAAAGGCCCAAAAAGAAAAGGCCCGUGCUCGCAUCAUGGGCCUCGUCCAUGGCGGCGAGGUCAGCGCCGAGCUCUCCAGGGCCAGGGAUGAGUUUCGCAAACGGCGACGUGAGGAGAUGAGGCCCAAGCUUGCGGAGGCUGCUGAGACGAGGCGCAAGAAAGCGAUGGAAGAGCAGGGUGGCGGCGGCACGCGCAAAUCGAAUAUGCCUGCUGCCAAGAAGAGGAAGGUGAAGUUGGUUGCCCCGUGGGAGGAGGGCGGUUGGACGAAGAAGACCCUGUAAGGGAGGUGGGCUGGGCAUGAAUUUCUCAGUUGACUCAAUGGUCUUGCACCACCGCCAUCUGGGUGGAAAGUGCUGGCAGGUCAUGCUAUGCUUUCAUAAAGGGAACAAGUGUGGGAAGUGGCGUUUACUACGGACAUGUGCUUGAUUCGGAAUGGAGUUUGGCAUUGUGAAUUGGCGAUUGGGCUCAGUUCAGAGCAGAGAAUGCAGCUUACUUCCUUCCAUGCUUUCAGAACCUCAGGAGGCUGGUUAGGGGACAAUGUGGCUUCUCAAGACCAAAGUCGGGUACGGACAGCUACGAGGAAACCAAAUUUCGCUGAGAAUAGCUUGGUAGUGCCCUAACGAAACGAACCUCAGAAUG